AUGUCUUCCCGUGUUCUCAGAAUUGGUCUUAUCCCCGGUGACGGUAUCGGUAGGGAAGUCAUUCCCGCUGGUCGCCGCAUCCUCGAGGCUCUGCCCUCGUCGCUCGGCCUCAAGUUCGAGUUUACCGACCUUCAGGCCGGUUUCGAGACCUUCGAGAAGACCGGUGCUGCCCUCCCCGACAAGACUGUCGAGGUCCUCAAGACCGAGUGCGAUGGUGCUCUCUUCGGUGCCGUCUCCUCGCCAUCCAAGGCCGUCAAGGGUUACAGCUCCCCCAUCGUUGCCCUGCGCAAGAGGCUAGACCUCUACGCCAACGUGCGGCCCGUCAAGACCGUCCUCUCCGCCCCCAACCCCAUCGACAUGGUCAUCGUCCGUGAGAACACCGAGGAUCUCUACGUCAAGGAGGAGAGGACCUACGAUGGGCCCGAUGGCAAGGUUGCCGAGGCCAUCAAGCGCAUCUCCUACAAGGCUAGCUCCAGGAUCGCCACCAUGGCUGGUGAGAUCGCCCUGAGGAGGGAGAAGAUCAGACAAGCGGGCAUUCCUAGCAUCCACAAGGGACCUCUCGUCACCAUCACCCACAAGAGCAACGUCUUGUCGCAAACAGACGGCCUCUUCCGUGCCACCGCCCGCGAGGCUUUGGCCGCCGAGAGGUUCGCCGGCAAGGUCGAGGUUGAGGAGCAGAUCGUUGACAGCAUGGUCUACAAGUUGUUCCGUCAGCCUGAGGCCUACGAUGUCAUUGUUGCCCCCAACUUGUACGGUGACAUCCUCUCCGAUGGUGCUGCCGCCCUCGUUGGCUCCCUUGGCCUUGUUCCCAGCGCCAACGUCGGUGAGGGCUUCGCCAUCGGCGAGCCUUGCCACGGCAGUGCCCCGGACAUCAUGGGCCAGGGCAUCGCCAACCCUAUUGCCACACUUCGCAGCACUGCCCUGAUGUUGGAGUUCUUGAACGAGGAGGAGGCUGCCGCUAAGAUCUAUGCUGCUGUUGACGCCAACCUUGAGGAGGGCAAGUACCUGAGCCCUGACCUUGGUGGUAAGGCUAAGACCGAGGAGGUCAUCGCGGAUAUUCUGAGGAGAUUGUAA